GUGGAUGGGACGAAGGCGAGAGACGUCGCAGGCGUAGACGUCUUGGAGGCGGGGGAAAGAUAGGAGACUGGAGAGCAUGCGGAGUCCGUGGGCGGUUCACAAGUGCUCGGGUGCAAUCUACAUUACUAUUGGAGCAGUCACGCAGGACACCAACGGCGGGAGGGAUGGAUACGUUCCCGCCCAGCGGUAUGGAGGAGGAGGAUAUGUGCGCCCUAUCCGCUCGUGCAAAGCGCAAACCCGCAGUGCACACAGGACUCAGAGGAAACGGAAAGGGGCAUGGAAGGGGAAGACGGCGUCUGGUAGAUUAGAUACUCACGGAAACAAAAGGUCUAUCUCGUCGACGUGUCCAAUUCGACCGCGCUAGGACUUGCGACGAGUUCCGGAGCCACGUCGAAAAUGGCAGCAGUGGUGGAUUGUUACUAUAUAGGGAGCAGCCGGGUAAGCCAUUGACCUGGCUCUGAUGUUGUGGGUGGAGGUCCUUGGCGGUGUCGAGCUGGGCCGCCGCCGAGCAUACAUACAACAGACGUAUCGCAGUACAUCGCCAGCGAACGGCAUGGAACCGCGUCUGUUUCGCAUCGCAGCGGCGAGAGGACAUAUGCCGUCCAGGUAUGCAUGCCGCCCUCAUCAACGCCGGGUCCCUCUCUUGUACUCGAGUUGAUGAUGAGGUGG